AUCUCAUGAGCGCAAGUCACAGAGAUGUACGGAAGCGAACAUUUGUAAUUGUAAAGGCAAACGAGGUCAAACCAUUAAAAGUGCUGUUUCAUCGCAAUAGCCACUGGAGGACUAUUAUAAUUUUUGUGGAACUUCUGUGAAGAUGCAGUGAUUUUCGCUGUCCGACCGUCUAUCAAUCGGAGCAGGAAUAGAAGCGGAGAAACGAUCACUCCCCCGUAUUCCGGUACAAGGGACGCCUACUGUCGAAACUUUAGUGUGACUUCUCAUUUCCAUCUUAACUUCGGUUGAAACUCUAAAAUUGUUCUCUGAAAUGCGUUCCUGUUGUAAUGACAACGUCUGAAACCAUGCCUCUCUCAGGAACACCAGCCCCACCCAACAAGAGGAAAAAACCUUCCAAGAUCAUCACUGACCUGUCACACAUAACCCAGGAUGAGUACGAUUCAGAGCCUGAGGCCUCAGAGUUUGAUUUGGGGAAAAAGAUCAGGGCGCCCAAGGAUAUCAUGCUGGAGGAACUAUCCCUGAUGAAGAACAAAGGCUCCAAGAUGUUCAGGAUGAGACAGAUUCGUGUAGAGAGGUUUAUCUAUGAGAACAACCCUGACCUCUUUAGUAGUGAGUCCAUGGAUAAUCUCCAGAAGUUUGUGCCCAGUCUGGGGGGCCAGAUGAUGGAUAUUGGUGGCCAUCUGAUUGAUGGACAGAUGGCUAGCCAGGCUGGUGGUGCCGGCCAAGCACCAGUGCCUCCUCCUAAACCAGGAAGCUAUGGCAAGGGAGUAGGGGUUGGGCUGGUAGCAGGUGGGCUCACUGGAGGUGCUGCUGGGGCAGCAGGAGCUGGAGCAGGAGCCGGGGUGAAGGAUGGUGUGUCAGAAAAUGCCUCACAGAGUGGGGAAAGUGCUAAUGCUGCUUCAUUAAAGGCUAAAAAAGGGUCUGAAUAUGUGAAGACAUAUACUUCGCCUUGGGAACGAGCAAUGAAGGGCAAUGAAGAUCUUCUGGCCACAAUGAAGUCUCAAAUGCCAGGACCCUGUUCUUCUAAGGAGCUGCACAAAUAUAAGAGCUUCAACAGGAGUGCUAUACCCUAUGGGGGCUUUGAGAAGGCCUCUCAGCUGAUGACCUUCCAGCUGCCAGACAUCGAGGUGGCAACUGAGGAGCCUGAACAAGCAGUGGUGUACCAGCAUGAUAUAAGCUCAAGGCCCUCAUUUAAUCGCACACCCAUUGGCUGGGGAGGUAGCACUGAACCAGGCAGUAUUCAUAUGGAGUUGGAUACUAUACCAUUUGAUGGGGAGACUGAUGACCUGUGAAGCUACAACCCUUCAAAACAACCUUUAUCUAAUUUAUGUCUGCCCUAAUUAACCUGCACUCUAAUACACACACACACACACACACACACACACAUGUUGGUACGGCUAUCCUUAUGAGGACUCUCCACAGACAUAAUGAUUUUUA